AUGAGAGCUCUUGAUGGUUUACAAGGUCCAAUGUAUGUUGGAACUGGCUGCAUAUUCAGAAGAACAACUCUUUAUGGUUUUAGUCCACCUAUAGCUUCUGAACAUCCUGGAUGGUUUGGAAGAAGGAAAAUUAAGUUGUUUCUGAGAAAGCCUAAGGUGUCAAAGAAAGAAGAAGAUGAAGUUUGUGUGCCAAUCGAUUGCGAUCACAACGACGAUGACGCAGCUAUAGAAUCCCUGCUUCUUCCAAAAAGGUUUGGAAAUUCUAGUUCUCUAGCCGCAUCCAUUCCAGUAGCAGAAUAUCAAGGAAGGUUGCUUCAGGAUUCAAAAGGAAAUGGAACACAAGGAAAGCCUGUAGUUUCUCUAGCCGUGCCUCGUGAGCCGUUAGAUGCUGCUACUGUUGCCGAGGCAAUUAACAUCAUAUCUUGUUACUACGAGGAUAAAACUGAGUGGGGUAAAAGAGUAGGGUGGAUAUAUGGUUCAGUCACAUAA